AUGGCCGUGGUCCUUCUCCUGCUGCCCGCGCUCUGCUGGGCUCGAGAGAGCUACGGCCGCGACCUGCUCCAGCCGAAAUUCGCCUGGCACGAGCAGUUGCUGCCUCCUUCCCGGGGGCAGAGCGUUGUCUCUGACUCGCAAGCCGCGCGGGUCGCCCGGACAGUCGUCCAGUAUCUCAACUACAAUCAGGGCUCGCCCAGCUUUCUCCGGACCCUUGUGCACGUCCGGAAGGUCUCGGCCAAGAGUAUCCCAGGAGUUGGGCGUAAGUACUCCCUGCAAUUUUCUACAAAACACAUUCAAACUAGGCAAAAUCUAGGGAGAUGCCUUGCGACUGUAUUCUACCGGAAGGACAAGCCUAAGCCAAUGAUUCAAGUCAGUUGCACAGACAACAAAGAUGCAGACCAACGCAGAAAGGAGGACUACGAACUAUAUGUAAAAAUUAAAGAUACAUCAUUUCCAGCUGAGCUAGAAAAUUUGGCCAACAUUGGCAGCAGUUACAUUGCAUGGGAGAAGUCAAGUGAAAAUGUGGGUUAUGUCAUGUCGGAAAUCAAAGAUAUGAAGAAGUGGGAAAGUGACAACGCACUUGAAUUUGACUACACCGUUUUGAUUGAUAGUGACGUCUCAGAGGGAUUUUCGCAGACUCUUUCCUGUCAUAUGCGCAUUACCUGGAACCUGGAACUGCCAAUAAAAGUGAAGUAUGACUGCACUUCAGAAGAUACAUCUGUAGAAUCCUCUGAUGGCUCUGGGGAUUUCUCUGGUACUUCUGCUGAAUUUUUCACUGAAAGUAAUUUUUAAGUAAAGAGAGAAAAUCCUUUUGUUUAUAUAGUUGUAAACAUUUUUACAAAGGUGUAGCACACCUUUUGUCAAUAUUCCAAAUUCAGUAUAGAGAAUCAUCUAUUUAAAUCAAUACAAUCUGUUUGGAAGCUUUGCACAAAUCACUUCUGAUCGAUCAUAAAUAUUUCUUUUCUGGUUAAUUUCAUAGAAGAAUAAGUAUACAUUUUUACAGAUAUUUUUAUUAUAUGGAAAAACUACUGAUGUGUCGCUAAGUUUCUGGCAUUAGGUGUAACUCAUCAUAAGGCUUUUUUAAAAUAUAUAUGAACAAAGAUUUUUAAAAAAUUUUAAACUGCCAUUUAAAAUAUUUGAUAAAAUAUUUUUAAAUUCUGGAAAAUAUUUGAUGUUGAGAUUUAACUUAUCUUCAAUAAAAGGACAAUGGUACAUUUUGUCUGUGUCAUCUC